AUGUUCGGAGCAAUCAGGUCUCAGGCCUUUCGACAGAACGUCCGACAAGCAUAUCAGAAAAGGCAUUUUGUUCAGUCUUCACCGAUCUUGUCCCGCUUUCUGGACCUAGCCCAGAGCGUUCGCUCCACAUAUCCAAUUUCAGAAAUCACCACGUCCGAGUUAAACUCAUCUCUUUCUUCACCGGACAAACCCAUAAUAAUUGAUGUUCGUGAGAAAGACGAGCAAGUGAAAGGCGUAAUUCCAGGCGCGAUUACUAUUCCCAGAGGUGUAUUGGAAAGAGACGUGGAGCGAUUGGCUGGAAGUGUUGAUGAGUUGAACGACAAAAAGGAUAAGAAGGUAGUUCUGUAUUGCGCAGGUGGAGUGAGAAGUUUAAUGGCAGCCGAGAGUUUGAUUAGGCUAGGAUAUAAGAAGGAGAAUAUAUUCAGUUUGGAAGGCGGCUAUCAGAAAUGGGAGAAGGCCGGAUUCGAUGUUGAGCAGUAUGGAAAGAAAUAA